GAAGAGAUAUGUGGGCUGUUUGAAAGAACGAUAGCAGAGUACGAGGAGGAACUCUCUCGAUCAAAAGAGGAGAACGAGCGACAACAGAAACUACUGGACGCUGUUUUACACCCUCAGCUUCAGUUACACAGAGCAGGUGGUCCUUGGAGCCGGAUCCAGUAAUUAUUGAAGAUAAUGGAGCCUGAGGAUACCGAUAUCGGAGCCGAUCCACAAGGGGCACGCCGGAGACCUCCCAGGGAGGUUAGACCUCCACCACACCUGUCUGAUUAUGCUGUUGACUACCGCCCCAUCACCGAGCAACACCAAACACACCUGACCCAAGAAGACGACGUCCAGCAGGUGUUGGUGGUUGAAGAAGAGGUUCCCCCUGAGCAGCAGGAGUGGAGCUCCAGUCUGGACCAGGAGGACCCAGAGCCCCCACACAUUAAAGAGGAGCAGGAGGAACUCUGUACCAGUCAGGAGGGAGAGCAGCUUCAAGGGCUGGAGGAGGAUGAUAUCAUCAAGUUCACAUUCUCUCCUGUCUCUGUGAAGAGCGAAGAUGAUGAAGAGAAACCUCAGUCCUCACAGCUUCAUCAAAGACAAACUGAACAGAUGGAAACAGAAGCUAAUGGAGAGGACUGUGGAGGACCAGAACCAGCCAGGAACUCAGAUCCAGAUAGACAUUUACAAGACAAGACUGGAGACUCUUCUGAGCCUGAGACUGAUGACAGUGAGGAUUGGAAGGAGACCAGAGAACCUCAGUCAGGUUUAAACUCUCUGGAUAAUGAUGAAGCUCCUGACAGUGAUAAGGAUUGUAUUGCUGGUGUGAAAACCUUUAAGUGCUCGGAGUGUGGUAAAAGAUGUUGGCGUAAGUCAGAUCUGAAGGUACACAUGAGAUAUCAUACAGGAGAGAAACCUUUCAGCUGCUCAGUUUGUAAGAAAUCUUUUGCACAGAGUGGACGUUUACAUGCUCAUAUGAGAACCCACACAGGAGAGAAACCUUUCACUUGCUCAGUUUGUGGAAAAGCUUUCAAUGAAAGUGUAAAUCUGAGGAGACACACGUUAACACAUAUAGGAGAGAAACCUUUCAGUUGCUCAUUUUGCGGUAAAAGAUUUAUACAGAAGGUACAGCUGACAAGCCACAUGACACAUCACACAGGAGAGAAACCGUUCAGCUGCUCAGAGUGUGGUAAGGCUUUCAGGGAAAGCGGAACACUGAGGAAACACAUGAGAACACAUACAGGAGAAAAACCGUUCAGCUGCAGUGUUUGUGGCAAAACAUUUGCCUGGCGUCAUCAGGUCAAAGCACAUAAAUGUGUUGAUGAUCAGCCCUCACAGCUUCAUCAAACUCAAACUGAGGAGAACAGAGUGGCACAGACUCCAGCCAGCAGCUCUACUGUACAGAUUCAAUUCAAUGCAAUUCAGAUUGUUUUUAUAUAGCGUAAAAUCAUAACAGAGGUUAUCUCAAGAUGCUUUUCAUAUAGAGCAGGUGAGAGAGAGAGAUGCAGAGAGAGAGAGAGAGAAAUGAUAAUAGAAAUAUAACUACUACUAAUAAUAAUAAAAAGGCUGGUAAUAAUGAUGGUAGCAGUGGGUGUCAAGCAGGCAGCCAACGCAACCCCGAUUCAUGGAUACCUGCGAGACGAGAAAGCACAAAGACUCCGGGGAAGAAAUCAAGUUAGUAACUUGCAUGAAUGGGACAUGAAUAUAUACAGAAGGAGAGAGGAGCUCAUUGUGUCGUAGGAAGUCCCCCGGCACUUUAGGCCUACAGCAGCAGAACUAGGGGCUGGUCCAAGGCAGCCUGAGCCAGCCUUGGGCCAGCCCUAACUAUAAGCGUUAUCAAAGAGGAAAGUCUUAAGCCUACUCUUAGAUGUUGAGAGGGUGUCUGCCUCCCAGACUAAACUGGGAGCUGGUAUUUGGGAGCUAAGAUAUGAUGGUGCUGGUCCAUUUAGGGCUUUGUAGGUGAGGAGGAGGAUUUUAGAAAUGAUCUCUUUUAUUCUUCGUCAAUACACAUGCUGCAGCAUUCUGGAUCAACUGGAGAGUCUUUAGAGUCUUACUGGAGCAGCCUGAUAAUAAGGAGCUGCAGUAAUCUAGUCUGGAAGGUUACGUGGAUGAAAGAAGGCGGUCCUUGAAGUUUAUUUUAUGUGGGAGUUAAAGGACAUAUCCUGAUCAAAGAUAACUCCCGGAUUCUUGAUGAAAACAGAAGCUGACUGUGGAGGACCAGAACCAGAACCAGCCAGGAACUCAGAACCAGAUAGACAUUUACAACCAGAUACUGAUGACGAGACUGAAGACUCUUCUGAACCUGAGACGGUGAUGAUUGGAUGGAGACCAGAGAACCUCAGUCAGGUUUAAACUCUCUGAAUAAUUCUAAUUUUGUGUGGGUAUCCUAUACCAAAGAUAUUGGACUUUUAACCUUUGAUUCCUAAGGACUACAUCUUCUCAUAACAAGAGUUAGUCAGAUGUGGUGGUGUUCACCAGAAGAGUCCAUAUGAACGCCCCUUCAUGUCGUAUUCACGACCUCAUUAGUGGAAAGUUUCUGAAAGCUCCGAUUUCACGAGUUGUGUGCAUAAUAGUUAAUAUAUUGUAAUUUUAGUCGUAUAUUGUUUUUCUGGGUAAUUUUACAACAUGUCUGAUGAAAAUGUUGAUAUUCCCAACGGCCUCAUCUUUCUCCUCUGUCAUUAUGCCUUUGUAUUUCCUGCAUUAUGUUACCCACUUGCUAGCUUGCUAAAUUGUUAGCCUCUGUGUUCUCACGACUUAACCACUUGAACGCCAAACAUAUCGUGAACAUGACUUCCCAUGUUGUAAACACGAGCUCACGAGUUUCAUUUGAAGGCACCAUAUGUGUCCCGUUGGCCAUCUGUUAUACGGCCAUCUUUGUAGUUUUACAUUGUCUGCCAUAUUGUUUUGUAGGCCAAUCGGCCUCAGUCGCCAUUUUAAACCCAGAACACCAUUUUCUCUUUGACACACACACACACAUACACACACACUGUUUGGUUUGUUUAGUUUAGUUAUUUAGUAGAUUAAUAUUGUGUUUUAACCAUUAUUGUCUUAAAUAAAUGCUUGUGGAAUUAA